CGAACACUAUACUACCCAUCAACAAACCUUUUGCACGACUUUCCUCACUUCAAUUGCUCUUCCUGUCACUGUUUGCCCGCCUUUGUUUCCGGUAGCAUCGUGGUGACGUCAUUUGCCCUCACCUCACACGACACUCUUCCAACUCACUUCAUCUCAACCUCCUCUCCUUCUUAUCUUCCCAUCGUCUCUUAGCAGCUUCAUUGAAGAAACAGACUAGACCGUUCUUCUAUCUUUGCUCUAAAUCACUGCAAAUUUACUACACACCACCACCAAUAUGCCUCGCCACAACGACCCCACCUCCAAGAUGUUCUACAAGGGUGCCUCCGACGACUUCAUCGUCUUCGUUGAUGACCACGACGCCCUGAACAGAUGGCGCAGUGACCGCUCCGUCCCUCUGGCGGAUGUCCUUAACGGCUGGAAGAUCUUUGUUACUCACAAGCACGGAGCCCAAGGCGUCCUCGACGGAGCUAGCAAGGCUAGUCUCGAAAAUGAAUUCGGAACUGCCAAUGAAGACGACGUUAUAACUCAGAUUUUGGAGCGUGGAGAGUAUCAGUCUACUAUUGCUCGUGAACAACAAGGUGAUACCAACUUCCGUAAUGGUCCUGCUUAUCGAUAGAUUCGUGCGCCCAUGUUAUUACUUACGCCCUUGCUGGCUGGCUGGCUGGCUGGCUUGUUUCCUUCCUCCCCCCUCCCUUGAUGGGUGUGUGGCAUGAUGUUGCAAGAGGGGGGAGCCAAGGAUUGUUAGUAGCAUGAUGAUCGACUGAUCGAGCACAUGAUUAUGCUUUUUUAUCUUUUUUACUAGCGGAUGAAAUGUACCUACUUGUCUAUCCUAGCUAUGUACCUGGGAACAGAGAGGGUAAUUGAUAAAUGAAAUGAAAUAAAUGAAAU